AUGGAGCACGACUUACUCCUCAUCGUCGAUGCGUCCAGUUAUCACAGCUGCUAUAUACGCUCACUAACUGCAUCACUCCCUGAAAUAAUUUCGGUUUCUGCUCACACGAGAUGCUCUUCACGAAUCGGAGUUCUAGCGUACCACAGCUAUCACAGCGAUAAUGUCCUCGAGUGGUCAGGACGGCUGAAUCAAGGCCAACAUGAACACUCGCAAGGAGAACAGCCCGACAUAGUCGCUUUCGCCAAAAGGCUCCGCACAAAGAAGAAAUGCGAGUCCGAGAUGGCUGUGAAGACAGCUCUUGCAAAAGCCUGCGAAGUCAUGCGCUCGAACGCGAAACCACUAAUCUUUCUCUACGCUGACACGCCCCCUAUUCCAAAUAGAUAUUCCACUGGCAGUCCUUCGAGCAGGUCGAAGGAGAAAACUGCACUAUUAGCUCCGGAAUCUUACUCUGGGUAUGGUUUCGCAUGUAUUGACUGGGUGUCAGCAUGUAAUACCCUUCGAGACAGACCGAAACAAGCACAGGUCUUUACCAUUCUCCACGAAUCUAUGAUGGAGCGGGAUGCUGCCUGGUAUAUCUACCAUUCCACUAGGACAGAUGGAACUUGUAAAGCUCCUUCUUCAAUCAAGGAAGGCCAACAACAGGGUUUUCCCGCAGAGCUGUUACGCUAUAUCUCGGUUAGCGAAAUUGACAGCAUUGAGAAUGAGGAGGAUGUAGCCACAUUUUCAUAUUCUUGGAGAAUGAGACGGUGGUAUCGCAAUGAGAACAUCUCCAAGGUCAAGUUGACUACAGAUGUCAUCAAAGAAUAUGUUCCCAAAAAGACCGCCCUUAUGCCAGACUUUGCCGAAGAGACCAUAUUUAUCAUCAACAGUGUCCCUGACAUAGAAAUGUAUCCUUGCGCCUUCCUUGACCCGACAUUGAACUUCCCCAACGAAGGGUAUGAUGCAGACGAUGGGAGCAGGCCGAUCUCUUAUUUGACCCGAUCCGAACUUUUGCAAAUUGGCCGAUCUUGCAACCCAGGUGUCUUUUGA